AUAUUUUAGGCCAUCCCUAGUGUCGAUGACAAACAUUUUUGUGAGAAAAAGAGAGCAAGGCGAAAAUUAAAAAUAACAAUUUAAUCUAAAAUAAAAAAACAUUUAGAAAAUGAUUAUUACAGUAAAGAAUCUUCAGCAGCAAACGUUCACAAUUGACUUUGAUCCCGAGAAAACGGUUUUGGAGCUUAAAAAACAAAUUUUUAAUGAACGUGGUACAGAAUAUUUUGUGGAGAAGCAAAAAUUGAUUUAUGCUGGUGUCAUACUAACAGAUGAGCGAACAAUUAGUUCAUAUAAAGUGGAUGAAAAAAAGUUCAUCGUAGUAAUGCUCAGUCGCGACAUAAGCGGAGCUAGUAGUAGCAGCAGCAUCCAAACAAAUACCGAUGAACAGCGCAAGCAGUCCAAUGAGCAAAUGGAAAGCUCAUCAAAUAUCAAAAUAGAUAAGAAACCUGCUCUGCAGAACACAAGUGCAUCCUCAACUGAGAUGGGAAUAAAGACUAAUAAAAUGACAAGUGACAUUGUAGGAGUCGAGAUAGAAAGCACCGAAGUUGGACCUUCAACCACAACUCAAAUACCGACUGCCGCUUCAGUUCCGAUUUCAGCUGUUUCGACGGCUGCCACAACUGAUUAUUCAAGCAUUGAUUUAGUUGGUGAACUAGCAAAUGCCUCACUACAAACACGCGCCGAGUCCAACUUACUAAUGGGCGAAGAGUUCAACCGCACUGUUGCCUCAAUGGUCGAAAUGGGCUAUCCCCGGGAGCAAGUUGAACGAGCAAUGGCAGCCAGCUUUAAUAAUCCCGAACGUGCUGUCGAAUAUUUAAUUAACGGCAUACCACAGGAUGAGAACUUAUUUAAUCCAGGUGAUGAGGAAGAACCUGCCAGAGUGGAAAGGAAUCUUCUUCAGGGUGGUGCAAGUGAUUUGCCGGCUGAAUCGCCAGCUGAUCCAUUCGAGUUUCUACGCAGUCAACCGCAAUUCCUACAGAUGCGCUCUUUAAUAUACCAAAAUCCACACCUUUUACAUGCUGUUCUGCAACAGAUUGGUCAAACAAACCCAGCUCUUCUACAACUUAUUUCUGAGAACCAAGAUGCGUUUCUAAAUAUGUUGAAUCAGCCCCUUGACGACGAGGCGGGCGGGCGUGACUGUGGUCGAACACAGUCAUCGAAUCCAAGACGAACGGAGAGCUCAACCGCAACCAACCCCAGCCAAGAGGCAACUGCAGAAGGUCAACGCUCUGCUGCUGGCUCCGAUAACCAUUCAAUUGCAAUUGCCGCUGAUGGCGAUGAUUCGGUUGCCACGGGAAGAAAUGUACAAACCGAAAACCUGGCAACUAUUCGUCUAACACCACAAGAUCAAGACGCUAUAGAGCGGCUUAAGGCGCUUGGAUUCCCGGAAGCGCUUGUUUUGCAAGCCUACUUUGCAUGUGAAAAGGAUGAGGAGCUUGCUGCUAAUUUCUUGCUUUCAUCUAGUUUUGAUGACUAAAAGAACCGAUUGCUGACAUGUUACACACAUAUAUAUAAAUAUAUAUCCCUAUACAAAAGUCGUUACAAUAAAAUGCAACUAAAAACAA